UCAUAAGCCUUUCAAGUUUUCUAGGAUUGAUCAAACAAACAAAAGAUUCAAACAGAGACCUCAAAGAAAAGAAAAGGAAAGGGACUAUUAGACCCCAGUUUGCUGCUUAAUUGCCCCUAAAAUGCCUAACCUACACUUUUCUUUUUUACUCUUUUUCCCAUAAUAGUAUUUAAUUAGCCUCAUCAGUCUUCUUCUUCAAACUCUCCUAUAUUUAUAUAUUCCCUUUCUCUUAAUUUCUCACUUUCAUGGCAUUCUUGACUCCCUGCUGAAAUAUCCUCACCUUUUUUUUUUCCUGUUUUCUGUAGUUUCUUACAGAUCUUUGUGUUUGAAUUCACUCUUUCUCUUUAGAAACCCUUUUAUUAUCUUUUUUAUGGAUCCUUUUCAGGAUUUUCAAGCAUCGAAUUCAAGCCCUUCCACAGCUACUUUAACCCCAAAUUUCCCUGCAAGCCUUUCCAUGUCCGCCGUGGCCACCAACACAAACCCUUCACCGGCGGCUGCCAUGGUCGCCUUCUCCCCUUCCUCCACUUCUCCUUCCACUCUCAGCCGCUACGAGAACCAAAAACGCCGUGACUGGAACACUUUCGGGCAAUACCUCCGCAACCACCGCCCUCCUCUCUCCCUCUCCCGCUGCAGCGGCGCCCACGUCCUGGAAUUCCUUCGGUACCUUGACCAGUUCGGGAAAACCAAAGUCCACACCCCACUUUGCCCUUUCUUUGGUCACCCUAACCCUCCAGCUCCAUGCCCUUGCCCUCUCCGCCAAGCUUGGGGAAGCCUUGACGCCCUCAUCGGACGCCUCCGAGCCGCCUUCGAGGAACACGGAGGCAAGCCUGAAGCAAACCCUUUUGGUGCUAGAGCUGUUAGGCUUUACCUACGUGAGGUUCGUGAUUCACAGUCAAAAGCCAGAGGCAUAAGCUACGAGAAGAAGAAAAGAAAGCGACCCCCUCAAGUACCUCAACCUCCUCCUUCCACCUCUUAACGGAAAUAAAAAACCAAAAUCGUCCAUGGAGGGGGUAUUGGCAAAUCAAUCUGCAGGCACUAAAAAGGUUGUAUAAAGAAUCAUGUGUCAGUUGUUUUAAAAGAAACCAUUUCUGUUUUAGUAUCAUUUAUGUUCUUUCCUUGAUUCCUUCCCUUGCCAUGUUACUACUAAAAUCCCAUUAGUCCCACUUGAAAGUUUGAUGCAUGCUGGAAGUAGGUUAAGGUAAUUUUCGGAGAUAUGAGGCUGUAAUAAUGGGGAUUGGGAGGGUCUUUGUCUUGAAUAGUCUAAAGCUACUUGCCUGAUUUAGAUAUUGGGCAAAUCCAUCUCCCAUUUCUCCAAAUCUGUCAUAUCUGUUCCCCCAAGGGGAAGAUAUUUAUUUUAUUAAUUUAUCAAGUGGGAGUCCAUCGUCACAUGAACCCUAAUCAACAGUGAAAAAUCUUGUUAGUUGAGUUCUUCAUUGAAUCCGAACUUGAUUAAUCGUAAUAA